AUCAAUUUCAAAGACCUAGUUUUCUAUUCUUUAACCAGUUGCAGACGGAACGAAUUAAACAAAGACUAAAAGAUGUUUGUUUGGGUCAACGUCUCUGUUUUUGAAGAUAAAAAUGUUUGUCAUAAAACUUAAAAAAAUUAAAAAAGAAUGGGUUCAUGGAUACCCAAGUUUCUGCUGCUGCAACUUGUGCUUCUGUUGACUAAGCAUGCUGAUUCAAGUUCUAUCAUCAGAUAUCUUCCUGGUUUUGAAGGCCCUCUUCCCUUCGAGCUCGAAACCGGGUACAUUGGUGUUGGUGAUGAAGAGGAAGAUCAAAUGUUCUACUACUUCAUCAAAUCUGAGAGCAAUCCAGAAGAAGACCCUCUUCUUGUCUGGUUAACUGCAGGACCUGGCUGCUCUUCUUUCUCUGGUCUUGUUUAUGAGAAUGGGCCUCUUGCUUUCAAGGUUAAGGGUUACAAUGGAAGUAUUCCCACGUUGGUUUCUACUACAUAUUCAUGGACUAAGGUUUCAAAUAUAAUCUAUUUGGAUCAGCCUGUUAGGACUGGCUUCUCCUAAUCAAGAAAUCCACUUGCUGAUAUAUCAAGUGACACAGGAUCAACUAAGCGGGUCGACGAGUUUCUUCCUAAGUGGCUAGCUAAGCACGAGUAUUUCUCCAAUCCUUUCUACGUCACCGGCAAUUCUUACUCCGGUAAGUUGAUUCCGGUUAUCGUUCAAGAAAUCUCAAAUGGAAACUGUAUAUGCUGCAAACCUCAAAUAAAUCUUCAGGGCUAUGUGCUCGGAAGCCCGGUUACAGAUUCUGAACUUAAUAAAAACUCUCGCAUUCAAUAUGCUCAUAGAAUGUCACUCAUAUCUGAUGAACUCUACGAGUCGAUGAAGAGAAGCUGUGGAGGAAACUAUAUUAUUGUAGAUCCUCUAAACACACAAUGCUUGGAACUCAUUAAAGACUAUGACAAGUGUGUUUCUGGAAUAUAUGAAAACCUUAUCCUCGCACCAAAAUGUGACCUUACAUCUCCUGAUUGCCAAUUUUCGUAUCGGUCUAUGCUAUCCGAAUACUGGGCCAAUAACGAGAGCGUACGCAGAGCACUUAAAGUUGUGGAGGGUACUACAGGUAAUGGGGAACGAUGUAAAUGGAGUUUGCAAAGCAAUAAAGACAUUAAAAGCAGCAUACCAUACCAUAAAAAGAACAGCAUCGAAGGCUAUCGAUCUCUCAUCUUCAGUGGUGAUCACGACAUGCUAACACCUUACAUUGGAACUCAAGACUGGAUCAGAUCUCUUAACUAUUCCAUUAUUGACAAAUGGAGGCCAUGGAUGAUACUUGAUCAAGUCGCUGGAUACACUACGACUUAUGCUAACAGGAUGACAUUUGCAACAGUGAAAGGAGGAGGGCACACGUUAGACUAUAAACCCAAGGAGAAUUCAAUCUUGUUCCAGAGGUGGAUGGAUAAGUGGCCAACCUCUUUAAACACAAAAACCUUAAUCUUGGAGUGAUCUUGUUAAUGUUGAAACCGAAAGUGUUUGGUUUGAUGUAUCAUCUGAAAUACAUUUUAGGUGUUAAGAGAAAACAUCAUUUAUUGCCAUUGCAUACUUGGGAGUUUGUAAGUUUUUUUAUAGGUUGGUGGCACACGGGCAGGGUAUAAAGCCAGAGGAAAGAUCAAUAAUGUUCAAGAUAUGGAUAAGUGGCCAACUUCUGUAACAAGCUAUAUAUAAUACACGCCAAAAUCAGUUUACUUAGUUGGAACACAACAUAUCCUCUGUCUAUUUUUCUUCUCCUAUAACUCUACCCUCACAACCUAUUGAAUCAGUCUUUUGAACAAGUCAAAAUAGAAUCAUCGUCCUCGCUUACAUAUAGGAUUCGAUUCCCACUUU